CGUGCAUCUUUUCAGCACCCACACCCGUGGAUAGCAGGAGGAUAUUGUUGGCUACCGGUAAAAUCAAGUCACACGAGCGUAGGGAGGCGAAAUUGCGGCGUUAGAUUCCUUCAUCGUCACCUCAAUUUCCUAGGCGUUUCAGCCAAGGUGGCUGAAGUGUUUACAAGAAGACAGUACGGCGUUUAGGGAGGAGAGGAUAUAAAAUACAUUGUGCGAGCUUUGUUCGCCCUGUAACAGGGCUGCAAGUUAUUUGCACCUGCUGAGAGCUGUUGAUAGCGAGCUGGCUAUUUAGCUAGCUAAAAGCCAGUAGCUGUUUGGUAGGACCGAAACCGAGCAACCUGGUGGCUCUCACGACUGGCUUCUUGUUUCAGAUUGACGACUUUCAUUUUACUUGAACGGGGUCCUGGAUCGGAUGGAACGUGGAAUAACGGGCCGUAAUUAAGAGAACGCUCAUUCAUCUGUGAAUAAUCAAUCGUUCUUGAUCUCGUUCGUAAAGAGGCAGUCUGUUAAGCGGGUUUGGGGUAGCCAGCUAACUAGUUAAUUUCAACUCCAUUGUUGUACGUGUCCCGGUGUUAUUCCCGUCGUUCCCCGACCACGGAUCCCGCGCUCUCGAAGCCUUCACUCUCAGCCACCUCUCUCGGUCUCUCAGCUGUUUUUUCGAUCAUAUUUUCUGUCGGUACAAUUCAGUUUGAUACAAUAACCAUGUGCUCCCGGAUGUGGUUUGUAACUGACCGGCGGAUCAGCCAGGAGUACCCACAGGUUCAGAUUCUCCGAGCUUUGAAACAGCGAUGUGCCGAGGAGGAUGUUGAAUUCCGCUCGCUUCUCAUGGAUGAGAUUGUGCUUACCAUCAGUGAUGGGCAACUGGGGCUGCGUGUGGAGCAGGAGGUGGUGACCUCCUACCCGCAGGUGGCGGUAGUGAGGGUGCCCACCUGGGUGCAGUCGGACAGUGACAUCACCGUGCUGAGGCACCUGGAGAAGCUGGGCUGCAGGCUGGUGAACCGGCAGGCCAUCCUCAACUGCGUCAACAAGUUCUGGACCUUCCAGGAGCUGGCAGGCCACGGGGUGCCCCUGCCCGACACCUUCUCCUACGGAGGACAUGAGAACUUCCGGAAGAUGAUUGACGAGGCGGAACCCCUCGGCUACCCCGUGGUGGUGAAGAACGCACGUGGUCACAGAGGCAAGGCGGUGUUCCUGGCCCGGGACAAGCACCACCUGGCGGACCUCAGCCACCUGAUCCGGCACGACGCGCCCUACCUGUUCCAGGAGUACGUGAAGGAGUCGCACGGGCGGGACGUGCGGGUGGUGCUGGUGGGCGGGCGCGUCAUCGGCUCCAUGCUGCGCUGCUCCACCGACGGCCGCAUGCAGAGCAACUGCUCCCUGGGCGGCGUGGGGAUGAUGUGCCCCCUGAGCGAGCAGGGCAAGCAGCUGGCGGUGCAGGUGUCCAACAUCCUGGGCAUGGACGUGUGCGGCAUCGACCUGCUGCAGCUGCACGACGGCUCCUUCGUGGUGUGCGAGGCCAACGCCAACGUGGGCUUCAUCGCCUUCGACCAGGCGUGCGGCAUGGACGUGGCGGGCAUCCUGGCCGACUACGCCCUGUCGCUGCUGCCCAGCAGGCUCACGCGCAAGAUGUCGCUGCUGUCGGUGGUGUCCAGCGCCAGCGAGAGCAGCAGCGAGCCGGGGGAGGGCUGCCCGGCGCCCAGCGCCCUGCCCGAGGCCGUGUGCACCAUGAGCGUGGGCUCCACGUCCAGCGAGAGCGACCCGGAGCUGGCCGAGCCCCCCCGGGACCCGCGGGACCCCCGGGCCCCCGACCCCGCCUACAACAUCAACACCCUGCUCGCCAACGAGAUCAAACUAUUGACUGAGUGAGCGGGACCGCAGCCACACGCGCGCUCACGCACACGCACACGCACGCACACAGACACACGUACGCUCGCUUGCACACGCACACACACUCCCUUCUCAAAGAUGCCCGCACAAGCAGACUCGUAACUGAUACGCAAAUACCGCAAGAAAUACAUAAAGACACGAGGAGAAAGUCUCUCUCUCUCACACACACACACACACACACACACACGCACACACACGCACGCACACGCCUUCUCAUACUAACCUGCCCGUGAACACGUGAGGUCAGAGGCUGCUCCCCUGAGGGUAGGGCCUGUGUAAAGCGGUGUAAAGUCGGCAGUGUAGCGUGCCGGCUAGCAUAAUUAGCUCCCCUUCCCUUUUUUAAGACUGCACGGGAGAGUGCACAGAGCAGGAGAGCCACCCAGCACCACACCAGCCCGAGAGCUUCUCGUUUCAGAGCUACGUGAGUCUUAACGGCACACUGCACACCACAGCAGCAAGGCGGGGAAAAAAAACACCGCCACGCCCGCCCCCCCCCCCCCCCCCCCCCCCCCCGACACACAGUAAACACGCUCUGUUUUAAGUGAAAUGAAGUGUUUUGCGAUUGUACGGCUACGUGAAGGAGAGACAUGGCGUGAAUCCACGCGUUGAAGUUGAGUGACCUCCGGCGUUGGUCUAGAGGGGUUUGGGACGGGGACAGGGACGGGGUGCGCCCCCCUGGUCCAGAACGGCACCAUGGUCCUCUCCAGAGGCCCGUGCGUUCCCGCUGGCGCCCAAAUGUAGCAGACACGGCUUCAGAGACCAGGGACGGGCUGGUCAUACUCAAACAAAAGCAGUGCUCUCCUGUGCAGUAACCGCCCCUUCCUUUCAGUUACUCCCAACCCAGCAUGCCAUUCUCUUACGUGAACAAAAGCACCUUAGCAAACAUUGAAGAUCCACUUAAACCGUUUAGGGAAAACUGUGUCUCUCUCUCGGACGGAGAGACGUGGCCCAAGAUGAACUGUAAUGGUUAAACGGAAAAAUAGCAAGAGCGACCGCUCCUUCUACAACAUCGAUAUGCCUCAAGAUCACUUCACUGCCAUAUGAAAAAAACUAAAAAAAACUAAAAAGUGGGUUUAGUGUUUCAGCCAUACAUAUCAGACCGUAUCGCUUUCAAUUGUAAAUUACUUUUUUUCUUUGAUUUUAUCUUUACCUCAGGCGUGUGCAGGGUCGAUGUCUUCCCUCGCAUGCAGAUGAAAUGACAGUGUUACCGGGUCGUGUUCCCGACUCCUAACCGUUUCUGAACCAGCGUUUGAAUCUCGCCAGCAUUUUAAUCCAUUUAUUCUCCAGACGCUCUUUCUCUCUCUCUCUCGGGCUCAUCAGCAGUAUUCAGCCUAACGCCAAACACGUUUUACACAGGUCAACCAUCCGCUGGAAAGGGACGCUGUUUUUAGUGAAGUCGGCCCAUUGUAGAUAUCAGCUUAACAUUUUUAUUUAUUUUUUGCUCAUUAAAAGGACACAUAUCAUUCAACCCUCCAGUUCCUUUGUGCACACGCAUGAUGCGAGUGGAAAUAGGCCUUUGUCGAUCUUAAUUCUUCAUUUACGCACCACUGUGUUCCAGUUCCAGUUCCAAUUUCGCGCCCAAAAUUUCGCCCCGGCGAAUUUUCGGCGACCCGGCAUCCCGUCGCCGCGAAAACUCCCGAGGGGGAACGCUUCCCCGUCGGACUUCCGGGGACGAGGCGC